UAGAAAUUAUAAUACAGAAUCCAAUAUUUAUCAAGAAAUCAAGGAUGUCUAGUACCAACACUUCAGUACUUGAUUGCUUCAACCCUGAUGCAAAAUUCAACAUGCGUGAUCGAAACACUGCAAAUUAUCAUCCUAGUAUUUGGAAGGAUUAUUUCCUUCAAUAUGCUUCACAAUCCAUGGAAUUUGAUGAUGAAACGAAGGCACAAAUUGAAAAACUGAAGAAAGAAAUUGUCAAAAUGCUUAUUGAUGCCUCAAAGCCCAUUGAAGAAAUAGUUAACUUGAUUGAUUUAAUCUGUCGUUUGGGCAUUCGUUAUCACUUUGAAAGCGAGAUUGAAGAAGUGCUGCAACAAACUCACAACAAUUAUACCAAAAAUGGAGAAAUAAUAAUUGUUGAUGAUAACCUUCGCUUACUUGCUUUGCUUUUUAGGUUAUUAAGGCAACAAGGAUAUCACGUUUCACCAAAUGUGUUCAACAAAUACAAGGAUGAGAAUGGAAACUUUAGUGAACAACUUGUGAAGGAUGCGGAGGGAUUGCUAGAAUUGUAUGAAGCAUGUCAUCUUAGAAUUCAUGGAGAAGACAUAUUAGAUGAAGCUUAUGUAUUCACUUCCACUCAACUUAAAUCCAUUGCCACCCAAUUGAAGCCUUCUCUUGCAGCACAAGUCAACUAUAGUUUAAGGCAAUCUUUACACCGAGGUUUGCCAAGAUUGGAGGCACGGCGUUUUAUUUCAAUAUAUGAAGAAGAUCCAACCCAUAAUUACACUCUACUCACUCUUGCAAAAUUAGAUUUUAAUUUCCUACAAAACUUGCAUCGAAAAGAAGUUGGCAACAUUACCAAGUGGUGGAGGGAGCUUGAUGUUGCUGCAAAUUUUCCAUAUGCUCGAGAUAGAAUUGUGGAAUGUUGUAACUGGAGUAUGGCGGUUUAUUUUGAGCCCCAAUAUUCUCAAGCUAGAAAAAUACUGACAAAACUGAUCGCUCUUGCGUCAAUUAUUGAUGAUACAUACGAUGCGUAUGGAACUAUAGAUGAACUAAAACUUUUCACUGAAGCAAUUGAAAGUACGUAUUUCGUUUACAGUGUAAACGAGAAUAAGACACAUGGAUGUGAUAUCAGUAUAUCUCGUUUACACUCAGCAGCUAUAAAGAUUUAUGAAGAGACAGAACAAGAACUCGAAAAGCAAGGAACAACAUAUUGCAUUAAAUAUUCCAUAAAAGCACUUCAGGAGACAACCCAAGCCUAUAUGACCGAGGCCAAAUGGUUGAAUAACAAGUAUAUACCAACAAUAGCAGAGCACUUACAGAUAUCAACAUUAACAUGUGGUUAUCCAUUCCUCAUGACAAGUUCUUAUAUUGGCAUUGGAGAUACCGCGGUAGAAGACAUCUUCAAAUGGGUAACAAGUAAACCCAAAAUUGCUACAGCUUCCACAAUUGUUUGCAGGUUCAUGGAUGACAUAGUCUCUAGUGAGUUUGAACAAGAAAGAGAACAUAUUAUCCCACUCUUAGAAUGCUAUAUGAGAGAAUAUGAUAUAUCCAAAGAAAAAGCCAUUCAAGAAUUGCAAAAGGGAAUUACAGAUGCUUGGAAGAAUAUAAAUGAGGAAUGCCUCAAGCCAACAGAAGUUCCAGUGAUGUUUCUAAUGCGUAUUGUCAACAUGGCACGAUUUAUUGAUGUGAUGUACAAAGAUGAAGAUUGUUACACUCAUGCUAAAGGAAAAAUGAAGGAAUGCAUCGAAGCUUUGCUUGUUGAUCCGGUGCCAAUAAAAUCGGAGGAGAAUUUUCUUAUUUAAGAUAUUAUCCUUUGAAUUAUCCAGUUAUUUACACUUAGAGAUUGUAAGAAUAAAAUUUAUAACCUUUGCUGGUUAUAAAAUGCUAUAAUAUAACACUUAUAUUUUGAAGCGUUAAUUAUU